GGGCACCAGCUAGGUCAUGCUCUGGUUGUUAGCUACAUGGUGCAGCGAAGUUGCGAAGUUGCGAAGUUGCGAAGUUGCGGAGUUGCGGGUGACGUCAUUUCCGCAGCUAAGCUGAAGUCCAGGUCGGCCACGCAUCCUACUCUGCAGGAGAAUGAGAAAAAGCAAGUUACUUGUAUUGAGAGUUACCUUAGUCGUAUCGUUAUGUAUCGUGGUAGUGGUGUACUGCCGGAGGAGCACCACGUAUUCCCACAACACGCUGCUCUGUUCACAGCAAGAAGUAAACUUCUCGAGAGCCCAGUCCUCGGAACCAUUCUCUGUGAACACUCCCGAGUCCAACCUCAAGUACUCUCAGUUACUUCAAGACAUCCUCAGGUCCUACCAGCACUAUCACGCAGCCAGGAGAAUACAGUUUGCAGUCGGAACCACCUCCAGGGCUCUGACUUGGUACUGCGUUUCAGAAUGCGGUGGAAUUGGCGACAGAGUGAUGGGGAUGUGCACGGCGUUCUUGUUAGCCCUUGUCACCAACAGAACCUUCUUUAUCUACCAGAGUGACGAGGUUCAGAGGACUAUGUUUAUAGAGCGGCAUUCAAUAGACUGGAGACCAGUCCAUAAGUGUGUGGAACUCGUCCACGGCCAGACAAUUGAGUAUUUUGGAGAACCUAGCCUUUUUCAAACGGUCUUUCAGAUGACGACAAACUUUAGUUUAGAGCUGGACAGGCUCUACACCACCGACAACAUAUACAUAUCUCACAAAGGAAACGUACUUGGCACUGUGCACAGCAUUUUGGAGUCUGUGAUAUCCGCCAAUCUUAGCCCAUCACAUCUUAGACUGUUACAGUAUUUGGUAGAAUCAGGAGAGAGUGCAAGUCUUCACGCGUUUGUCACUGUACUUCACCAGUUUCUGUUCCGUCUGCCAAUGGAGGUCCGACAUAUGACCAUUUCUAAACUAAGCCAACUCAAGCUUCAGCCACACGGAUUCGUGACAGUUCAGAUUCGCACAGGAUUUAUGAACAGUUUAGUUGGAGAGAUGUCUCUCUUCAACUCUCAAUUUUGGCAAGGAAUCAGAUUUGCGCGGACCCAGGAAUCUUGGCGAAACAUGAUGAAAUGUGCAGUUGAUGUGUCUGACUCGAGGUUCGGAGAAGGGAGUAGAAUACUGGUGGUGUCAGACGAUAGAGAGCCAAAAAUCUGGGCAGCUUCAGAGUACGGGUCCAGAGUCACAAUGCUUGACAUUGACCCCGUGCACGUGGCUAAUAAACCGACUCUGGGAGUUUUUAGGUCAAAGUCGAGAGAGGUGUAUCUGGACACGUGGGUGGAGUUGUCGGUCAUGGCUGAGUCGUGGGCUAUUGUGAGCAUCUACAGUGGGUAUGCCGAGGUGGCAAGUCACAUGGGAUCAAUGGACUCUCACUCUGUCUACAUUUAUGACAUCUCUCAGAAGACAUGUACUCACCUUGCUUAGAUCCAAUGAGUAUUAUAUAGACAGUCUGGUGAUGGGUUAUUAAGACCUGCGCAGAAUCCUCUCCAGAGGCCAGAUUGCUUCACCUAACUCCCUCUACCUCAUGUCCACUGCUGUACUCGUAAAACACUGGGACAGAAUUUUAAGUCUCUCUUGUGAACUGCCCUUGUUACCCUACCGACAGCA